AUGGCAGCCAGCACAAAUGUUCAAGUGGAGAAAGACGGCAACAGCAUUCGAGAAAUAUUUAAUAGCAUGAAUUACGGUCCGGCUCCGGAGGCUGAUAAUGUUGCACAAGCUUGGCUGGAUGAUCAUGGAAGAAGUUUUGGACAUUUUAUUGAUGGCAAAUGGGUGAAGCCAGAUGGACGAAAAAUAUACGAGACAAAAAACCCUGCAACAGGUGAGGUCUUAACAUCCACAAUUCAGGGAGAAGAUGAAGAUGUGGAGUUAGCAGUGAAGUCUGCAAGGAAUGCUUACGAGAGCUGGAGUAAAACCCCUCCUCAUGUCCGAGCUAGACAUCUGUACAGUAUUGCUCGUCACCUGCAAAAGCACCAGCGACUCGUUAGUGUUGUGGAAUGUAUCGACAACGGGAAAACUAUCCGGGAAACGCGAGACUGUGAUAUACCCACGGUCAUCCGCCAUUUUUACCAUCAUGCUGGCUGGGCACAACUGGCUGACACAGAAAUGAAGGGAUGGAAAUCGCUUGGUGUUGUUGGUGCCAUAGUACCAUGGAACUUUCCCCUCAUGCUGUUAACAUGGAAGAUCUGCCCUGCCUUAGCCAUGGGAAACACUGUCGUACUAAAACCAGCAACAUACACUCGCCUCUCUGCCCUCUUAUUGGCUGAGAUCUGUGCGGAGGCGGGGCUUCCAGCAGGAGUCUUCAACGUUGUCACUGGCAAUGGGAAAUUUGGUAGUAGCUUGGCCACACAUCCUGACGUGGACAAGGUAGCUUUUACUGGGUCAACAGAGGUAGGGAAGCUCCUCAGACAGGCCACAGCAGGGAGUGGGAAGAAGUUAUCCCUGGAGUUGGGGGGCAAAUCUCCAGUCAUAGUUUUUGAGUCAGCUGAUUUGGACAGUACCGUGGAGGGGGUGGUGGAUGCGAUCUGGUUUAACCAAGGUCAGGUUUGCAGUGCUGGAUCAAAACUUCUAGUCCAAGAACCUAUUUACGACAAACUACUGGAUAAACUCAAAGAGAGGCUGACUCAUUUUCGUGUGGGAAACAGUUUGGAUAAGACUAUGGACAUGGGUGCCAUCGUGGAUCAAUCACAGAGGAGCUCCAUCGAGGAGUACGUCAGUCAUGCAAAGUCAGACGGGGCCGAGGUUUACCAAGCUACUGCGUGUAUCCCCGUGGGUAAAGGUUGUUAUUAUCCCCCAACAAUCAUCUCCAGGGUGCAGACCGUGUCCAGGGUGGUGGUAGAAGAGAUAUUCGGACCAGUACUUGUUGUCCUGCCAUUUCGCACAGCUAAAGAGGCAAUUAGCAUAGCCAAUAAUUCAAUGUACGGACUGGCUGGUAGCGUUUGGACAGAGAACAUCAGCUUAGCCAUGGAGGUGGCCAUCAGUGUCAAGGCUGGCACGAUCUGGAUCAACUCUCACAAUCUGUUUGACGCAGCAAGCGGGUUUGGCGGGUACAGACAGAGCGGUUAUGGUAGAGAUGGCGGAAAAGAGGGUUUGUUUGAGUAUGUUCGGCCUAGCUGGGAGGAACGUCCCAGGCCUAAAGUAGGGGACGUCAACCUGAAAACGUUUGGGUCUACCUUACCAGCUCGCCCCAGUUUGGGAGAGAGCAAAGAUGCCGACAGGAUGAUUGAUGGAGUGAAGGCACCCAGUGUUGACAGAACAUACAAGUUUUACUACGGAGGCGCGCAGAAGCGUCCUGAUGCCCAGUAUGCCCGAGCAAUCACCAGCCCAAAGGGGAAAGUGCUGGCCCACGUUGGAGAGGGUAACAGGAAGGAUGUAAGGAAUGCUGUGGAAGUGGCCCACAAAGCUGCCCCAGGCUGGGGUAAACGGGCAGCUCACAACCGAGCUCAGAUUGUUUAUUACCUGGCUGAGAACCUGGAAGCCCGUCGUGACGAAUUUGGGACACGUCUCUCGGAAAUGACGGGAAAGGAAAAGGCGGAAGGUUUGAAGGAGGUAGACCUGGCCAUUCAGAGGCUGUUUUACUGGGGAGCGUACUGCGACAAAUAUGGAGGAUCUGUGCAGGAAACCACUUUAUAUGGGGCCACUGUGAAGAUCCAUGAGCCCGUGGGUGUGAUUGGAAUUGCCUGCCCUGAUGACUUCCCCUUAUUGGGCUUCGUGUCCCUGUUUGCACCUGCUGUAAUCCGGGGCAACUGCGUGGUGAUCGUACCUAGCGAGAAGCACCCUCUGUCAGCCCUCGAUUUCUAUCAGGUCUUUGACACGUCAGAUGUUCCAGGAGGUGUAGUCAACAUCAUCACAGGGGACCGAGAUCACCUAACCAAAUACCUGACGGAACACCAGGACGUGCAGGCCAUGUGGUACUUUGGGUCAGCUGAGGGGUCACACUUUGUGGAGUACACGUCCGCAGAGAAUGUUAAACGGACUUGGGUUAACUAUGGUCUGUCUCGCGAUUGGUCAGACAGUGAGCAAGGUCAAGGGGAGGAGUUUCUCUAUCAUUCCACACAGGUCAAAAAUAUCUGGAUCCCGAUGGGGGACAUUUUUGCCAACUGAACACAUUAUUCAAGGCUGAAUUUUUUAUUUUCAUU